AUCUUUGGUAGGGGAUUAUUGAACUCGUGAAGUCCAGAGAAUUUACGGCGGUUCCUUGUUUUGCUCUUCAGUUAUGUGGACGCCCAGCAUCCCCCUGCUCUGUGCGGUGGUCUUGGGGAUGAUGCCGCUGGCAUGCCACGCCGAACUCCCGCAUAUCGUGUUUAUGCUGGUGGACGAUUGGGGAUGGGCGAACGUAGGCUACCAUCGCCAGGUUGCAACCAAAGAAGUGGUAACGCCGACGUUCGAUCGCCUGUGCAAGCAACAGGGCCUGGAGCUGGACCAGCACUACGCAUUCAAGGUCUGCUCGCCGUCGCGGUGCUCGCUGAUGAGUGGUCGACUGCCUGUGCACGUGAACACCGAGAACCUGGCCGCCAGCAUCGUCAACACCAAGGAUCCCGUGUCUGGAGCCAUGGGGAUUCCGCGAAACAUGACCUGCAUCGCGGAGAAGCUGAACCUGGCUGGGUACGAGAGCCACCAGGUGGGCAAAUGGGAUGCUGGGAUGGCGACUCCGGACCACACACCCAAGGGACGCGGAUUCAAAACGUCACUCGGCUACUUUCACCAUGACAACGACUACUGGACCGAGGGCGUUAUGGAUCCGAUUGAGUACUUCCCGGGUUGCCGUGGUGAACAUACUGAUCUGUGGGAUACCGACCGGCCAGCCAAAACGCUGAACGGAACCGCGUACGAAGAGGAGUUGUUUGCCAACCGUGUCCUGAGCAUCGUCAAUGGUCACAACGCCAGCAACCCGUUGUUUCUCUACUAUGCGCCGCACAUUGCCCACACGCCGCUGCAGGUGCCGAAAGCCUACGAGGAGAAGUUCUCGUUCAUCGAAAACACGCACCGCCGUAUCUACCACGCCAUGGUCAACUACCUGGACGACGUUCUAGCAAAGCUGGAGCAGGCACUGAUCGCCAAGGGGAUGUGGAGCAACACGCUGAUGGUCGUCAGUAGCGACAACGGCGGUCCGGUAUACCGCGGCGGUGGCGGCAACAACUACCCCCUCAAGGGCGGUAAGGCGUCCAACUUCCAGGGCGGCGUGCGCGUGAACGCGUUCGUCACCGGCGGAUUCUUGCCGGAGAAGCGGCGCGGACAGGUGAGUGAUGGCUACAUCGCCCUGGCUGAUUGGUACAAGACGUUCUGCGGUCUGGCCGGUGUCGAUUGGCACGACGAGAAAGCCGAGAAGGCCAAACUGCCGCCGGUCGAUGGAUACGAUGUGUGGCCGCUUUUGUCCGGUACGACUACCGUUUCGCCGCGCACCGAGAUUCCUCUGAACCCGGGCCUGAUCAGCGGCGACUUCAAGAUCCUGGUGGACACGAUGAGACAAGCAGGCUGGACUGGGCCUCAGUACCCCAAUAACAGCCAGGUCGAGGGCAUACAUGCUGUACAGGAGUGCGGCUACAACGGAUGCCUGUACAACAUCAAGGAAGAUCCGGAGGAACGCCACGACCUGGCUGCCAGCAUGCCGGACAAGGCCAAGGAGAUGCGACAGCGACUGGACACCUGGGACGACACAUGGUUCCGGCCGGACCGCGGCGUGCUGCCAUCCCUGGAAGCGUGCAAGCAGGUGAAGGCCAACGGAGGCUUCUUCGGACCAUUCCUACCCUGAUAGCAUUGCCGUGAUGUGAGUGUGGUGUUGCAUUGCCCUGAUGUGAGUGUGGUGUUGCAUUGCCCUGAUGUGAGUGUGGUGUUGCAUUGCCCUGAUGUGAGUGUGAUGUGAGUGUGAUGUGAGUGUGGUGUUGUGAGUGUGUUGUGAGUGUGUUGUGAGUGUGAUGUGAGUGUGAUGUGAGUGAGUUGUGAGUGUGGUGGUGUGAGUGUGAUGUGAGUGUGAUGUGAGUGUGGUGUUGCCUGAAGAUUGGUCAAAGCCUCUUUUACAUGUAAAGUGAACACAAUGAAAAGCCUUGCUUAUUUGAAAGAGUUGUUGUCAGAAGGUAGAAUCCUUCCAACAGUACACAAUUGACCAAUGACACAAGUGCUGUAGCUCAAAGUAGGUGUUUCCACAAUCUACCAAAGGCGAGUAUGAACUACACAGUUGACCUAGUAAUCUCGGAUGCAAGAUGUAUAGGUUGUUUGUGCGUGUCACUGCUGACUCAGUGAUGAGUGAAUAUUUAGGGUUGGUUCGCAUACUGGAGAUUUGUUACAGCUAGGUGUCAGGUCGUUGAAUGUCUCAGUAGCUGGUCAGUUUUGGUGCCCUGUUAUCUCACUUUCUGACAGCUUGUUAUCUUGUUAUAGUCUUUGGAGAGUUUCUUCAUAACUCGCUUCCAUGUUUUAUCUUCUAUAAGAAUCAACUCGUAAAAACUCCAAGUCAAUCUCCCAUUGACACAAACCUCGUUUAUUCAACAUAAUCAUAUCCUAUCCAAUAAAAACAGUUCAUAAAAACA